AUGAUGGCUCACGACGAAUCUCCGGACACGAAACGCGCCAAAAUGGAAGUAAAAAAUGAGAUGAUAUCAACGGGCAUAACAACGACUUGCAAAUUCUUUGUGAAACGUAAAAAACGCUAUUGUAAAUUGACACCGGCACACGGUGAAGAAUAUUGCGGUGAACAUAUGCCAGUGACAACACUUCCACCAGAUACCAUUGACACAACUGAUUCGAUAAAUAAACACAAAGUUCGUGUACCGUGCCCAUUGGAUCCAAAGCAUACCGUGUGCGCGAGGAAACUGCAUAAACAUUUGAAAAUAUGCAAUGCGGUCGAAAAAGAUCGACCAAACUAUAUCGUGCCCGGACUGAAUGCAGGAAAAGACGACGAUGAAGCAAUUGAUAACCAAACGGACUUCAAGUUGACAGACGUCGAUAAAGACACUGUCGAUAAAAUUGUUGAAAAAGUCAAUAAAUUAUAUGCAUUGCAUAAAAUUGAGGAGAAAAUCGACGAGUUGACGGUGAGACAUCCGUUGUUGGCAUCAGAAAUAAACAACACCGAGUAUGGACACGAAACGGUGCGACACUUGAUACAAACGUCCAUCGUUCUCGGUUAUUUGGAUCACUUUAAACUCUUCGACGAUCACAUUAGCUACGUGGAAUAUGGUGCGGGCAAAGGUCAAGUAGCAUUCUGGUUGGCAAAAGCAAUAACCAAUUAUCCAAACUCCAAUGUAUUACUUAUCGAUCGGGCGUCAGUAAGGCAUAAAAAAGAUAAUAAAUUGGACGAUUCACAUGCGGUGCAACGGAUUCGUGCUGACAUAGCUGAUUUCGAUAUCAGUGCCCAUAGUUUGAUUCAAAAUUCCAAGAAAAUCGUCGGAAUCGGAAAGCAUUUGUGUGGUGCGGCUACUGAUUUUGCCAUACAAUGUUCAAUUCAUGGAAAUAAUGCGGUGAAAGAUGGUGACAAUGGGCCAAAAACCAUAGCCAUGCUGAUAGCCUUGUGCUGUCAUCACCGCUGCGAAUGGAAGCAUCUUGUGGGAAAGGAAUUUUUCAGUCAGAACGAUGUGAGUGCCAAGGAAUUCGCAAUCAUUACGAAAAUGGUUGGAUGGGCCAUUUGUGGCACAGGUAUGAGCCGGGAGAAGCGUAAACAGAUGAACGAACAACACGCAAACGACGGCAGCACGGCAGACGAUUUAGUCAAAGAGGAGGAUCCAAAUUCAGGCAAACGCGAUCGCCAUCAGCGCAAAGAAAUCGGCCAGAAAUGCAAACGACUUAUUGAUUAUGCUCGAAUCUGUUACAUGCAACAAAAUGGCUUUAACUGUUCAUUAAAACGAUAUGUUAGCUCUGAUAUUACGUUGGAAAAUAUUUGUCUUGUUGCAAUACAUGAAAAUCAAUAACAAUUUCUUUCUUCUACAAAAUAUUCGUAAACAAAAUUUAAAAUUAAAAAAAUAAAAAUAAUAAUAAAAAGGAUAUUGAAGAAA